AGAGACUGGUGGCCAAGGGAAUUUGAAAAGUUGAAGAAUAAUGUUUGAGUGAGAAACAUUUUUACUGUCAGGGACCUUGGAUUUAACAAAUGAAUCCAAAUGUAUCAGUGACUGACCAUCUUCAUCAUCCUUCAGUGUAAGCUGCUGAAAUCAGCCGCCCUCUGACUCUCUGCUGUUCUCAUCGUUGAACAGAAGGUUAUUAUUUUUUAUUGAUGACACAGAGGCCAUGGUGAAGUGGACAGACCAGGAGCGCAGCGCGGUCAGAGCUGUUUGGGAACAAGUUAAUAUCGACGAGGUUGGACCGGACGCUUUUGCAAGAGUGUUGAUCGUGUACCCCUGGACAGAACGUUAUUUUGGUUCAUUUGGUGAAAUAUUCACAGCGUCUGCUGUUUUGAACAAUGCCAAAGUGGCAGCGCACGGCAGAUUGGUGCUGAGGACACUGGAUGCAUCAGUGAAGAACAUGGACAACAUUAAAGAUACAUAUGCUGCUCUGAGCCGGCUGCACUAUGAAAAACUCCAUGUGGAUCCUGAUAACUUCAGACUCCUGGCAGACUGCAUCACCAUCGCCGUCGCCUGCAAACUCAGGAGUGCCCUGGACCCUCAGGUCCAAGCGACCUGGCAGAAGUUUUUGUCUGCUGUGGUAGAUGCACUGGGGAGUCAGUACUACUGAAGAGCUGAGCAACACAUACACAACUAAAUAAAACUUGCAUUCAA